ACGUGACGAGUAAAAGUUUGAACUUUGUGCGUCGAAGGAAAACGCGUGAAAAGAUGAAAGAUUCGGGAAAAGCCUAAUGUAUUUUUUUUCUCAUGCUCAUCCCAUCUCGUGUAAUUAUUUCUGCUCUCAGCCUUUAAUGUGCAUCCUCCGAGCCGACCAAGGGGCGUGAGACACUUACCUGAGUUCUCUCUACGUUUUCCUAAUUCGCUAAGGGUCCACAAGUCGUUAGAGGGAUGCGCGGAAAAUUUUUCUUCCACCCCCGCAAUCCCUCUGCCUCGACAGUCUUCGCAAUAUAAGAGCAAGGAAAAAAAUCAGGAUUUCAGUACCAACUUUUUCCGCCACCCGAUCAACACUUUUCGGGCUUUUCAAAUUUCCUUUUUUAAAUUAAGGGAAGCCACCUAAAAUACAAAGUAACACAGGAGUACAUGGUUCGAGGAAUCUUCGGAAAUUGCAACUAGUUUUGUUCCUCCAAUUGUGAACGUGCGAUCUCAAGUGCCAAAUAGUAAAUUUCGAUUAACGUUAAACGAAAAUGUAUCGUGUCCUGCUGAUGACGACGUUGGUUGGAGUAGUUCUCGGAGGUGUGAUGAUGCCUGACGAGGAUUUUACGACGAAGAAAGUGCGUCAAUUGGAGCUGAUUGAUUCGUCGACGAAUCCAGAGAGCGAUCAGCCGAUUUAUCCAAGUUCGAGUCACUCGUUACCGGUCCAACAUUUUUAUCCCACUUAUCCGGACCAUUCCGGAAAAUCAGCGAUUGCAGUACCGAGCGGUUACGAUGGAUUUUUGGUGCCCGUUGCACCGCCCAGACAAACUUGGUCUUCGAGUAUUGUGACAGCUCUCGUCCCUCUGACGAGUUACGCUCUCUCCUACGGCAGUAAAAUCGGCGCGUAUCUCUGGGACUUGUUCCUUCUUCUUCUCUUCGGCGCAAUCGUCACCACUUCCGUCUGCACCUUCACGCCGUUUUGCGCCAUCACUUUUCUCGGAUUUGGUAUCAACAAAAAUCAGGUCAAAGAACAAGUUUCGGAGUUGGCACGCGCGUACAUAACGCCGGAGAGCAUGAACGCUGCCACACUUUUGGUGAAAAGAGCGAUUGAAAAGUACGCGGAUCUCCAGCGUCAACAUCACGAGGAACAGGCGAAACCGAAGACCGAUAAGAAACGUCGAAGGCGCUGAGACUUUCCGACAACAAAGACCCUCGUCGAUCACGAGCUAUCAAUGAUUUAUUUAUUCGAAAUUUGGAAACGCGUUCCAUCCUUUCCAUC